AUGGAGAGUUCCGAAGACGAUGCGGGUGCCGCGACGAACGCUUCCCGCCGCGUAUCGGCGCGGGAAAAGGACGUUGGACAGAUUGAGGACGUCAAUGCAACUAGUAGUUUUCAGCAGGAUCCAUCUGAACAGAGAACAUCUUGUGAAACUCCCGCAAUGUCGGAAGAUAAUUUUGACGGGGAUAGUGUUCCGUCACCGUCGACGCAAGAUGUCAACACAAGCACGGAAGCGAUUUUGGACAUGAUAGAUGAGAUCGUCGACGGGCCUGGAGCACCGAAGCGUCUGCCUUUUGCCUUAGAAAAUGACACCGACAGUAGAUUUGCUGGUGGGGGAGAUUCCAAUACAAACGUAGACAACACUGUUAAUGAUGAGAAUUCAUUAAAAUUAUCUCACUCAGCCCCUGCCACAAGUGCCAAAAUUAAUGAAGAACAAAGUUUACCGACAAAUUCAUCAAACAUACUCACUACUCAAAAUGCAGUUUUAGCUGACGAGAAAGAGGACUGUGUAGAAUUGCCAGAAAAUAGUUCAUUAGCACUCAAUAGUGACAGGAAAGUAGUAUCAAUAGAUACUCAAAAAGAGACAGUGUCAUGUUCUGAGGAAACUCAAGACUCAAUUUCAGUUCCAAUUGUACCUUCGAGCAGAGUUUUACAGACAGUUCAAAGUGUAUCAGAAACUGAGAGUGCAUUGUGUGAAAGGACAGUGAAAUGUGUGACUUCUAGUGAUAAUAGAGACAAUGUUGUUGUGGAAAGUGCUGAGUCAACAUCAAGUGACAAUAGUAUUAGUGAUACAAGGAUCCCUGUAGAAUCUGCUACAAGAUCUCCAUUGAGACGGAGACUUGUCCGGCCCUUGCCAAACCGACCGGAUUCUACUGUUUCUUCUACAGUAGACUCAAGUGUUAAUAUCAACACAUCAGAACAGGCAAGUGAAAGUAUUGUUAAAGAUGUAUCUAGCUCUUCAGAUGCAGUGCCUAUUGUACAUGGUAAUGUUAAGCCAGAAGAGAUUAGAAAUAUUAGUGAAGUUAGUAUCUGCAAAGCAGAAACAAGCAGUCCUUCAAAAAAAAUUAAACUUAUUAGACAAAAAAUUGUACCCCAAACAUGUCAAACACAGACAGAUCGUAGAGUUGAUAGUGAUCCACUUACAGCUCAAAUAGAUCAAUGCCAGUCAACAUCUGAGGCCAUUAAUAUCGCUCUUAAUUCAUGUGCUGAGCCAGUACUUGAGAAUAAAGCAUCAAACUUAGAAAAUCAAUGUGAUAUAGAACCCAACAUCAUACUUUGUAAAUCUCCGGAUCGAACUAAAGAAUUAAUACCAGAAAGCACAAAUGAGACCUGUAGUAAAAGAGAAGAUGUAUUAGAAACAUGUUCAAGCAUUAUGACAAAUAUUACAGCUGAAAAUAGUAAACAAGAAGUUUCUAAAAAAAAUUCUCCUUUAAAUAUUGACCUAUCUACUGCAAAUACAUCAGAAACAAUUGAAUCAACAAGUCAACAUAUAGAUAAAGAUAAUGUUGAUGUAGCAACUACAAAUUUAGAGGAAUCUGAUGUAACAAAGCAGGUUCCAAAAUUAACAAUAAAAUUAGGUAAUAUAAAUGCAGAGGAAAUUAGGCCUCCAGUACCGAAAUUAACUAUAAAACCUCUCAGGCCCCCUGCUGAGGUUGAAUCACAAACUGACAAAAAUGUUAAAGAGCAAGUACCUCAUGUGAAAAAGUUAAAUAUAAAACCAAUUACUCAACCUGAAAAAAUAAAUGAAAUCCAUCGAAAGUCCAGUAGUAGUGAAAUUUCUGAAUCUGAAUAUUCUGAAAAUGAUGAGAGUGCUAGUACAUCAGAUCAGGCAUCAGCUUCUGACCAAGGUACUUCAGAUAUAGUUCCUAAAGUAACCAUAAAACUUGGCAAGCCGGGAACUGAAUCUGAAGGGCAAUUUUAUACUGAAAAAAAUGUUCCAAAACUCACAAUAAAAGUAAUACAAAAUAAUGAUGUUCAAGAACAACCAUCUCCUACAAAAUUAAAAGUGGUUCUUAGUCAACCUGAAGAUACACAAGUUGACAAAGUACCAAAAUUAACAAUUAAGACUGUGGCAAAAUGUGAGAGUCAACCACUUAGCCCAAAAUUGAUUAUUAAACCAUUAAAGCCUCCAGAUGAUCUAAAUAAAGAAAAUGCAUCUGAUCAUUGUCAAAUUUCAGAUAUAGCAAAAUUUAAAACAUCAACAGAGUCUUCAUCUAAUGCGGAAAAUAAAGAAGUGCAUGUACCUAAAAUCACUAUUAAGCCAGUGACUAAGUCUUAUGAUAGCCCUGAUAAUAUACCUGUAGUAACAAAAUUAAAUAUUAAGCCCUUAAUAAAACCUGACAAUAUUGAUUUAUCUGAGGGCUCAGAAGAAAAAGUUCCUGUAGUUUCAAAAUUAAAUAUUAAACCUAUAGUAAAACCUAAAGAUAGUGAAAUAGAUAGUAGUAAAGAAGAUGUACCUAAGAUUACAAAAUUGAAUAUUAAACCCUUAAAAAGCCCUGAGACAAAUUCUUCUGAAGAAAAAGACUGUGAUGUUAAAGCUGAUGUAGAUGAAAAUAGUAUACCUGUUGUUACUAAACUUAAUAUUAAGCCUAUUGUUAAGCCAUUAGAUGAAGAUAUGUUAAGAGAUAAUGAAAAUCAAUCAUCUGAAACUGGAAACUCAAGUGAUGACAAUGCUGAUCAAAUACCUAUUGUUACAAAAAUUAAUAUUAAACCUAUAUGUAAACCAAAUUAUGUGGAAGAAUCAGGACCAAGCAAUACAAAGGAAGAUAAUAUACCAGUUAUAACUAAAUUAAACAUUAAGCCAUUAAUUAAGCCUGAUGAAAGCAUAUCCCCACAAUCUCCAAAAAAGGAAAUCUCAAAAAUGACCACUAGUAAUAUACCAACAGUAACAAAAUUAAAUAUAAAACCUAUCUUAAAGCCUGAUGAAAUAAAACAUAAGGAAAUAUCUGAAGAUGAUGAUGAGAUAUCAGCAAAAAAUCCUCCACUAGUAAUGAAAAUUAAUAGGAAAACAGUUGUCAAUGAAGAUCAAUACACUAUAGAUAAAAAUGAUCAUGAACAUUGUAAUAAUGUUAAUGAUCCGAUGAUACCAGUUGUUUCAAAAGUAAAUAUAAAACCAAUAGUGAGAAUUCCAGAUAAAAUUUUAAUAGAAGAGUUAAAUGAUGAUUUAAAAAAACCAGAUGCUAUCUCUAAAGCAAGUUUAAAACAUGUUGAAAUGAAUGACAAUAAAAUCAAUAAUUUGGGGUCUGAUCAAAACUGUGUUAAUGACUUAGAAGAAAGUUUGCCUUGUGUUAAAGGAGAUAUUGCAGUAAUAGCCUCAGUCAAAGAAAAUGCUUGUGAUACAAGCAUAGUAACUGCAGAAAAAUCACAGGAAGGUAAAACUAUCCCAUUACAUGCACUAAGCAGUAGCCCACAGCAUAAAUUUUCUAAGCCCAUUUUGGAAAAUCAAGCUUCACAGGUUACUGUACAUAAUGACAAUGUUGAACCAGAUUCAGAGGCAAAUAUUACUCUAAAAAUAUCUACUGAAAGGCUAAAAGUCAAAAGCACGCCUAUGAGGCAGAAUUGUACUUUAUUAAAAAAAUUAUUAGAAAAUCGAAAAGAUAAAGGACCAGAAGGGGAAGUAGGAAUUAAAAUGAAUGCUACUAAAUAUUCAUCAUCUAUUGUAAAUGAUCCACCAAAAUCACCUACACAAAAUAUAAGUAUCGGAAGUGAUUUACUCAAAGAAAGAUUGAAUUUGGAGACCAAGAAUGACACUGUUGAAAGUAACCAAAUGAAAGAAAGUAAAACCACUAUUAUUGGUUGCAACAUACCACUAAAAGUUCGUUCAAUACAAGAAUUAUGUAAAGAAGCAAAUGAACAUUUGACAAAACCCCUUGAAAUUAAUAUUUCUGAUAAAGUUUCAUGUCAUAGUCCCGAUCAAGAUUCUCCUAGAAUAAUAUUAAAAAUUAACAAAACUGAUCAAGGUGCAUCAGCAAAAAUAAUCACAGAAGAAAGUAAAAAACCUGAUGGCCAAUCAUAUUCCCCUAAGAAUACUCAUGAUUUGAUGAAUGAUACACAUCAAAAGAAAAGCCUUUUAAAUAGUAGGAGAAAACCUCAUGUGGAUACCCCGAUGCCUAUGGGUAAGAGAUUAAGGAGUUCGAGAAUCCUCCAAACUUCAGAUAAAACACCAACAAUGAGACGUAAUAUGGGAAAAAGAGCUUCGACAAGUGAACCUGAAAGUCCUCCAAUAAAUAAGGAACCAGAGCUUUCAGUGUUGGAAACAAAGAGAUUAAAACUAGGUCAACUGCUGUCUAACAAAUCACUGACAAUUACUCCAAUUGCUGCAAAAGCAUCACCUAUAUCUCCACCAGUCAACCCUUUGGAAAUCAGACAAAGCGGUAGAAAUCAUUCACUUUUAAAUAAUGAAAAUUGUGCUAAAAAUGGAAGCUCCAAACUACAUAACAUCUUGUCAAAUUUACAAGCGAAACAGUUACACGCUCUUGAUCUUAUUCAUCCUGAAAACAAUCAAAGUUCGAGUCCUGAUUUGAAAUCGAGUACUUCAGCUGAAAGUCAAGAGCUAAUAUCUGAUAAUACAUCAAUGGAUAAAAGUAGACCUGAGGUCCAAAUGAUAUUUCAUGACAAUUCUGAAUCUCGAGAUUUUAGUGCACCUGAGGAAAUGGCUAGAGAUCCUCUCGAAGAUGACAGUUUAAGAAGUAAUGAUUUCAUACAAGACAUUCCCAAGCCCGUAGAUAUGACGCCACAACCUAAAAAGCGUGGACGUCCACGAAAGCUGCCGGUAUCAGAAGGCGCGAAAACAGUUGUUACUCUACCCAUCCCGGCACUAGAGGAGCGACCGCAACGAUCGCUUCGGUUAUCAAGGGAUCGUCCGGUAAUAUUAGUAAAGCCUAGAGGGAGAGGACGUGGGCGAGGUCGAAGACUCGACACGGAGUCAAGCCCCGCACCAGCAGAUCCAGUCGAAACGGCCAAUAAAUUCUUCGCAGAACAAAAAUCUGAAGAAGAGAUCGAUCCUACCAGCUCUCGAAUCAAAUUGCCGCGAAUGACUGAGGCACUAGAUAAGAUGCCCUCUGUCUGUUCAACGCCCCUCACGAGUAGGAGACGAACCUCUUCAGAUAUGCCGUUCUUCGGCAGUACUCCGGACUUGAAAGUGGUUUUGGAAUCGUCGCUUCCUAAAAUGGAAGACCCGUUUUUAAAAUCGCCAGAGAUGAUAAGCGAAGUGAGAGGUCGUGGGAGUCGAGGUGGAAGAGGGAGUCGCGGAGGCAGAGGCCGCGCCGCCGCACGUAGUCCACGAGGACGAGGACGAGGUAGAGGUGGCGGUAGAGGGGCUAUGUAUAUGAAGGAAACAAUGGGUAUAUAUGGGAGAGUAUGUGGUCCCGCAACCACCACAGUCCAAUUAUUUGAAGAAGAAACUUGCAUGAUGGAUGACAAUGCUACUCCUGCUAAACCCUCACAUUUGCUUGAUGAAGAUUCACAGAGUUCUGUCAAGAGUUCCACUAAUGACAGCAAUAAAAUGAAAAAGUCAAAAUUUGCAGAUUUGUUUGAUAGCAAUAAAGUAUGGACAGCCGCUGAUGUCAAAGAAUACACAUGGCCACCACCUGAAACAACAGAUGGAGAACAUCAGGUCAUGAUGAUUCAAGAGCAAGUGGCGAUGUUUCUGGGCGUCAAGAGCUUUAAACGGAGAUAUCCUGAACUAAAACGACGAACCAUUACUGGAGAGGAAAGAGGCUAUGUACUCAGUAAAGGGCUUGUUACGGAGGCUCUUUGCGAUCUGGGCAUAACAGCAGUCGACGCUAGUGAAGUACUUGACAUAAUGCUGUCAGACUAUCCUCACAAAUAUGAAGAGUUCCGAAGUCAUCAACGAGAGAAGCAACUCGCAGAACCUACUGAGGAUAUUCCAGAAGAGACCAAGUCUGAAGUUAAGACCGAAAAAAUAGAUACUAAAGAUCAAAAGACGGUCGACACUAAGCCUGAACCACCGAAAAUUGACCCAGAAAAAACUAGACAGGACAUGGCGGCCGCGGCGAUAGCAUCCGCGAGCGAGUACAACGCGCGCAUGAACGCGUCGCGUCGGCCCGCGUGCGCCGACCUGCAGUCGCUGACGGUGCAGCGCCGGCGAGCGGCCGCGCCGGCGCCCGCGCCCGCGCGCGUCCGCGUGCGCCCGCCCGCCGGAUUCUACCCGCACGCGCUGCUGCCCGGACAGUACCAGCACGCGUACCGCGUAUACACGCCGCAGGACCUACGGUACUUCCCGCUGAACACAGCGCUGGCGGCGCCGCCCGCGCCCGCGUCGCCGCCCGACUCCAGCUCCGACUCGGACGGCGGCUGGGGCUCGCGCAGCUCCGACUCGGAAUCCGACCGAGAACAGCAUAGGAAUGCUAAGCGGAAAAAGCUAACAAAGACGAAGCGUCACAGCGCCGCAGAGCCGCCGGCCAUCAAGGAGGAGGAUGUGGUGGACACGUGCCGCGCCUGCAAGCUGCGCCUCGAGGCCAACCGCAAGUACACGCACGAGCGGUUCCUUGUAUGCGCCAAUUGUAACGCUAAGCUGCACCCGUCGUGCGUGGAGCUCGGGCCGGACACGAUCCGCAAGUGCCGCGAGUACGCGUGGCAGUGCGCCGAGUGCAAGACGUGCUGCGCCUGCGCGCGCCCCGCCGACGACGACAAGAUGCUCUUUUGCGACCUCUGCGACCGCGGCUUCCACAUCUACUGCGUGGGGCUCGCCGCCGUGCCUACUGGUCGAUGGCACUGCGUGGAGUGCGCGAUCUGCAAGUCGUGCGGCGCGCGCGAGCCCGGCGGGCUGGCCGGUGCGGCGGGCGCGGCGGGCGCGGGCGCGGCGGAGUGGCACCACCAGACGCGGCGCGGGCCCGGCGGGCACAAGCUGUACUCGCACUCGCUGUGCACGCCCUGCGCCAGGUCUGCAUCUUGUCUA